CUAACACACCAUGAACAGGCCAGUCGUGCCGCUGACCUUCUGGUAACAUUCAUGAAAAUGCCAUAUGUGUGUUGCUCUGUGCUAGAAGAUGGCGGAGUCGGAUGGAGGGGAUUUUGCUUCGAAACAUCCGCAGAGCAGUAUGGCUAACAAGAAUAGCACCCUGCGCUGUACAUUCUCGGCCCCAAGUCACAGUGCCACCCUCCUCCAGGGCUUGUCCAUCUUGCGGGCUCAGGGUCAACUACUCGACGUCGUGCUGGCCAUCAAUGAAGAGCGCUUCCAAGUCCACAAAGCUGUGCUGGCCGCCUGUAGUGAUUACUUCAGAGCAAUGUUUACUGGAGGCAUGAGGGAGUCUAAUCAAGAUACCAUUGAGCUGAAGGGUUUGUCUGCCCGUGGGCUGAAACAUAUUAUUGACUUUGCCUAUAGUGCCGAAGUCACUUUAGACCUGGACUGUAUUCAGGAUGUUCUCGGGGCAGCUGUGUUUCUGCAGAUGGUCCCAGUCGUGGAGCUCUGUGAGGAGUUCCUUAAGUCAGCGAUGAGUGUGGAGACCUGCCUGCACAUUGGCCAGAUGGCCACCACCUUCAGCCUGUCUUCCCUCAAAGAAUCAGUGGAUGCCUUCACCUUCCGUCACUUCCUCCAGAUCGCAGAGGAGGAGGACUUUCUGCACAUCCCCAUGGAGCGCCUCGUUUUCUUUCUCCAGAGCAACAAACUGAAGAACUGUAGCGAGAUCGACCUCUUCCAUGCCGCCAUCAGAUGGCUCCAGUAUGACGACUCUCGACGGGCUCAAGCCAGCAGUGUCUUGUGCCAUGUGCGCUUCCCGCUCAUGCGCUCCUCAGAGCUGGUGGACAGCGUCCAGACGGUGGACAUCAUGGUGGAGGAUGUGCUGUGCCGCCAGUAUCUCCUGGAGGCCUUCAAUUACCAGAUACUUCCCUUCCGCCAACAUGAGAUGCAGUCUUCCCGGACACUCAUACGUUCUGACGUCAUGUCGCUCAUCACCUUUGGCGGGACGCCCUACACUGACAACGACCGCACAGUGAGCACCAAAGUGUACCAUCUCCCUGACAUCGCUUCCCGCCAGUUCAAAGAGCUGACAGAGAUGGAGGCAGGGUGCAGCCACGCGUGUGUUGCUGUACUUGAUAACUUUGUGUACAUAGUGGGUGGACAGCACUUACAGUACCGCAGUGGCGAGGGAGCAGUAGACAGCUGUUAUCGCUAUGACCCACAUCUGAGCCAGUGGCUGCGGAUCCAGGCCCUGCAGGAGGCUCGUAUCCAGUUUCAGCUCAACGUGCUGAAUGGACAGUUGUAUGCCACAGGAGGGCGAAAUCGAUCUGGUAGCUUGUCUUCUGUAGAGUGUUACUGCCCAAAGAAGAACGAGUGGACUAAUGUUGAACCAUUAAAACGCAGGAUUUGGGGUCAUGCAGGAGCUCCCUGUGGAGAAAAGCUGUACAUCUCGGGGGGUUAUGGCGUCUCGUUGGAUGACAAGAAAACUCUCCACUGCUACGACCCCGCUUCAGACCAGUGGGACUUCAGAGCUCCGAUGAAUGAACCCAGAGUGUUGCAUGCCAUGAUCAGCACCAGGGAUCGAGUUUAUGCUCUGGGCGGUCGCAUGGACCACGUGGACCGUUGUUUUGACGUACUUGCCGUCGAGUAUUACAUUCCAGAGAACGACCAGUGGACCACUGUCAGUCCCAUGAGAGCAGGGCAGUCCGAGGCCGGCUGCUGUCUACUGGACAGGAAGAUUUACAUCGUAGGGGGCUACAACUGGCACCUGAACAAUGUCACAAGCAUUGUACAGGUGUACAACACAGAGACAGAUGAGUGGGAGAGGGAUUUGCACUUCCCAGAAUCCUUUGCUGGCAUCGCUUGUACACCAAUUAUAAUUCCACAAAACACCACACAACCCUAGCCAUCUGACCUGUGACUGUGAUGAUUUUAUUCCAUUUGUGCUUUGUGCAGACUACUGAGUCAACACAAGGUGUGAAUAUUAUGUAAGCUACUGACUCUGUGUGUGUGUGUGUGUGUGUGUGUGUGUGUGUGUGUGUGUGUGUGUGUGUGUGUGUGUUUGAGGAAAUGACCUGAAAAGCGACUUAAAAGUAUUAUUUUCUAUCCUUGUCUUGUUUUUGAGAAGACGUGUUUAUUUAACAGGCAAACCCUCAUCAAUUUUUGAUUUUAUGUACAAACUCUUGAUAUUGACACAUUUAUUUGAUACUGAUUCAAGCUUUUGAAUGACAGAUUGUAAGUAUUCAACCAACACAAUUUUACAGGUUGAGUAUGAGUUAUUUCCUGUUGAAAUUCUCUGAUUCAGUGAUUUUUAAUCCCCAAAUGCCUGGUAAAAAUCUAUUUCUCUUCCUGACGAAUAUGUUUAUCUAAAUAUAAAACACAUCUUGAAGUAGAGCCUGACCAAUACAUCUGUUGCCCAAUAUUAUUGGCCUAUAUUGGCCUGUAACAUAUAUAUUGGUAUCAGUGUAUAUGUUGUCCGAUAUUUGCCGAUAUAUUAAUAAGAUAUUAUUGAUUUAAUAAGUUCACUGUUUCAGUGCACUGAUGUCAUUUUAGACAUGGGGUUUACUGUUACACUGUAAAAUAUCUUGCUUCCAUUACAUUCAUCAGUGUUGUGAAAGACCAUUUAAAAAUAUAUAUAUUUAUAUUAGCCGAUAUCAUAAUUUUUGACUCCGUAAUGUCAGUAUCGGACACAGCCCCAAAAAUGUAGUGUUGGUCCUUCUCUAAUUUAUGUUGUAGUUUUACCAGUCAAGGGCUUAAUUUACAGACAGCAAAAACUGUCUCUUCAAAAUCUUAGUUUAGAAAUGUUGUGUUUGCAAAGGUAUUAACAGACUCAACCUUUUAAAAUGUAAGACCUUUUGAUUGUACAGUUGUGAAAGUUUUAUUAUUUGUUUGCUUCUUUUUAUCCAUUAAUAAUUUUGUUUGUUAUUUUAUCAUUCGAACAGCCAAGCUAACUGACAAUGUUGUAUGUCACAUCCUGUUAACAAACCCAACAAAUCACAUAUCAAUGCACAGUAAUGAUUGCACAGAUGGACACCAGUGGUGGUUGUGAUUCAACUUAAAUCAGUGAGCAUGUGGCUGUUAACGAUUUUUUUUAUUAUUGUGACUGCCCUUGUGUUUCCUGAGCUGACGCCCCCACUGACACACUAAUUGACUUCUGAGUCAACAUAACAAACACAUAUGGAUCUCUUAUGGCAGCUACAUAAAUCCUUUAUAUGUGUCCAUUGGAACAAUGUGUGUGUGCUGCUCGUUAUCUUAAUGAAGUGCUACAUGUUGUCCACACUCAUUAAGGGAAUAUUUAUCAAUGCACAUAUAUAAUGUUGAAAUUAUUACUCAAAUCCUCAAAAAAACCUAAUCUCCCCUGGAAAAACUGCUUAAACUGGCCAUUUGCCAUGUUUGACACCGGCUGGUGUUUUUAUUUUAAAUGCAUUACUGCACUUUUCAAAGCAGUAUUUGUCAGACAUCUGAUUCUGCUGCUGAUGUACUUAAUAUGUGUAUAAGGAAGAACCAGGCAAAGAGUUCUUGUUCUUCCUUUUAAAUGUCACCAUCUGUAUGAUGGUGAGGAGUCUCUGUUUUAAAACUGUCUCCUGUUUGCCUUAGUGUGUUUGUAUUGUUUUACCUGUACCAGUAAAAGCACAUGAUAUCUCGUUAAAGUGCAAUAUAAAGUAAACUGCCGUUGUCAAGGGGGAAUGUAGACAUUUGUGUAUCUUUUAUGUGCAUCCUUUAUUAAAGGUGUAUCAUGUUUUAAAAAUACC